AUGGAAAAUAUUGGAAAAUAUAAUUGGGGUACAUUAGUGUACGAGUAUUUGGUGUGUAGCUUGUGUAGUGCUUCGUUGGCAUUGCAGAAUGAACCAAAUCAGUUUGAGUUCUACGUGGUUGGAUGUGCGUAUUUGCUUGAGUUAUGGUCAUUUGAUCAUUUGAUUGUUUGCCACUCAACGUUCAAGUGUAAGAUGAACUUGUUCCCGCGAUUGUUGUAUUGGAUGAAUGUGAGUGUGGGUGACAAGGUCAUGAAGACUGCGUUUGAUUACGACAUGGCUAUUGUUGAUGUGGCGGCGUCAAAGGAAGAACUUGAUCAUGCUAUUGUAAGAGAAGCAUUUGAACAAUUUGGCACUGCAUACAAAACCCAAGAUGUGAAGGAUAAGGAAGAGGUUGAGCGUUUGCUACAACAUCAUGAAGUAGAGAUAGUUGAUUUGGAGCAAUCUAUGUCUGCAUUGGAUGACUUGGUUGCAAAAUGGAAGGGUGAACGCCCAAAGGAUGAGGUCCCAGAUGAAGUAGGUGAUGAUGUUUUCGAUGAUGACGAUAUGGUGAAUGAGCAAAGCAUUGAGCCACCUGAUGAUGUAAUGGGUGUUGAAAAAGAUGAUGAUGCACAACAUAGCAAUAUGUACGACCGUAUGAAGGCCCAACCUCGCAGGCGGUUCAAGAGUGUUGCCAUAAAACACCAUUUUCUGUUUAUGGAAAUAAGAAGUUCAAAUCACUAA